GUGGAGAGGGUUCGCAGGGUCAGCCCUCCGCUAGAUCGGUUGCCUCCCCGUCCCUCACCUCUCCACCUCCCGCUACUUAUAUGCCAAAGCCUAUGCUUGUAAGGGUCAGCACCUUCCUCACCUCACCUCGCCUCGCCUUGCCCAUCUCCUCCUCUCCAGCUCCCUCCCUCUCUCUUCGCCUCCAACUGCAGCUGCGUCUGCUGCUGCUGCCUUACUUGUUGCAGCUUGCAGACUCCUUCUCGGCAGGAACUAACACCGCCUUCAGUUUAAAUUGAUACAUCGACGCACCAGACGUGGGAGAAGCCAGUAGCAUGAGGGACAUGGCAGAGAGGAGAUCAAGGCAUGGGCAUGGGCAUGGGCACGGGCAUGCCAACGUCGUGCCGUUCGGGGCAGGCGCAGGAGGAGGGUUGCAGCAUGGAGAGCAUGAGCAGGAGGUCAAGGAGAAGAAGCUCGACAUGAGCGGCCUGUCCAUGGACACUAUCCCGCACCUCACCAUGUCCCUUGGCCACAUCACCACCUUGGACCUCUCCAACAACAAUCUCGAGAGCAUUCCAGAGUCAAUGAUCGCGCGGCUGCUGAACGUGGUGGUGCUGGACGUGCGCUCCAACCAGCUCAAGUCGCUGCCCAACUCCAUCGGCUGCCUCUCCAAGCUCCGGGUCCUCAACGUCUCCGGCAACCUGCUCCAGUCCCUUCCCGCCACCAUCGAGGAGUGCCGUGCGCUGGAGGAGCUGAACGCCAACUUCAACCAGCUGACGCGGCUGCCGGACACGCUGGGCUUCGAGCUCCACAGCCUCCGGAGGCUCUCCGUCAACUCCAACAAGCUCACCAGCCUCCCCUUCUCCACGUCCCACAUGACGGCGCUGCGGGCCCUGGACGCGCGCCUCAACUGCAUCCGCGCCCUCCCCGAGGGCCUCGAGAACCUCGUCAACCUCGAGGUGCUCAACGUCAGCCAGAACUUCCACUUCCUUAGGGAGCUGCCCUACGGCCUGGGGCUCCUCACCUCGCUCCGGGAGCUUGACAUCAGCUACAACUCCAUCUCCGUGCUCCCAGACUCCAUGGGCUGCCUAGCCAAGCUCAACAAGUUCAGCGCCGUCGGGAACCCGCUCGUCUGCCCGCCUAUGGACAUCGUCGAGCAGAGCCUUGACGCCAUGCGUACCUACCUCAGCUCCAGGAUGAACGGCACCGGCGUCAACGCCAAGAAGAAGAAGGGGUGGCUGCCCAGGAUGGUCAAGUACAACACCUUCUCCGGGCGGAUGACUCCCGGACGCAAGAGUGCCCACGACAACUCUGAGGGCUUCUCGAUGUCGGAUUACCACUCACUCAACGGCUCCGCAUCUCCGGGGUUCCUCUCCAUGCUUUCGCCACGACGGCUCUUCUCGCCACGGAGAGAUUCGCCCAAGCAUCAUUAAGGGUGGUCCACUUUGUAAGUGGUUUGAUCCUUCAAGUAUUCAGAUGAAAUGCUCCUAGGUGCUGCUGUUUCUGCAGGUGUGUACAUAUGUCUGAAGAGGUAUAUAUAUAUACAGUAGUGUGUAGUAGUACAAUAGGGCAUUGAUGUACAUAGAAACAAAGAAGAGCGCUUUUACUUUCCUUCUGUAUUUUUGUUUACUCGUUACAGUCUUACAGAUGCUUUUGUAAGUGCAGUGGAUUUUGAGUGAAAUUGUAAUCCUUUAUAUGUUGAAUGAACAUAAAGCUUGAGGUUUGGAAUGCAA